GCUUAGUUACACUUAGGUUUGUAGAGGGUCACAUCAAGGAUUAGGAAGAGCGAAUUGAAUUUGUCUCUUGCAAGGCAUUACUGCUUUUCGCAAUUUUGGUGGGGCCUUAAGAGCCCCAGCUGGGGACCAUGGCCCCUGGCUUCGAGCUGAUGGGAUGGCUUAAGCAAGCGGGGGCACAGGUCCCGCAAGCGGAUGCGGCCACCACGCAACCAGCAGGACCGCACCCAACAAUGCCAAGUUCAUCCUCACCCGCGGCCCAGGGUGCAGCUGCUCCUAGCCGGAUCGCGGCGCCUCACAGUCAGGCGGCAGCGGCUCUGGCGGCAGCCCUCUCAUCAGGCGGAGUGCCCGAUAAGAAGCACCCCCAGCCGCAGGGCACUCCCAUCUCACCCCUCCAAGAGGUUCUCAAAGUGGACCGCAACCGGCCCGACGCGACCUCCACGCUCGUGGUUUCCCGCAUCGCCAACGUCAAGUCGGAGGUCAGUCGCCGCCACGGCCACUGCAUCGCGGUGGACGCAACCUACUACAGCUACGGCCUCAAGGGCGGCCAGAUCCGCAUCCUCAACCGCCACACGGGCGCCCGCACGCUGCUGAAGGACCAUGUGGCGCCGCUCACGGACCUGCGCUUCUUCCGGCAUGACGCGGAGAGGUGCCUGCUGGCGUCGGUGGAUACGUCGGGGCAGGUCCACGUGCGCAAGGUGUACGAAGAAGACACGGGCGGCGAGGACACGGUCCGGGACGAGAUCCUCGCUCGCCAUGAGCUGCCGGUGGCUACCUUGGGCCCCGCAGCGCACCCACCCGCCCGCCUUGCCUGGCACCCCACAUACGACUUUGUGCUUGCUGUUGCCGCGGGGCCUACUGUGUACUUUGUCAACGUGCCGCCAACCGCUGACGUGGCAGCAGCGCCGGAAUAUGCCGCCCCCGUGGCGGCGGCGAGCAGCGCUGACGGCGCCGUGUUUACCUCGGUCGCGUUUUCUCCGUCUGGAGAUCUGCUGGCGGCGGGUGAUGCGCAGGGUUACGUGUGCGUGUGGGCGCUGACGGCGGAGCAGCUGGAUCCGGCGUUAAUCCAGCCGUUGGCUUCGGAGCCGGAUAUUCGGUUCCAGGCGUACGGCAACGCGCCGGGAGAGGUGCCGUACGGUGAGGGUGAUUUGCAGCUGGCGGCGGUGGCGUCGUUGUACUGGCUGCCCUCACGAGGCAGCGGCGGCGGCGGCGGCGCUGAGGGCGGCGACGGCGGCAACGGCGGUGCUCCGUUGGUUCUGCUCACGGGCGAUGGCGUUAAUGCGCAUCUCAAGCUCUGGAACAUCGACCUGUCGUCCAAGCCGCAGUGCACGCAUGCGUUACAGCUGGCGAGCGCUGUCGGCGGCGGUGCCGCCGCCGCCUCGUUUUUCAACCACAUGGAGGUGCAGUACUUGUACGAUUGUGUCGUACUCGCCAACGAGCUCCGAAACCUGGUGUAUGUACUGCACGUGGACGCGGCUCCACGGGCUGACGGCACCGGGCCGUCGUUUGACUACGCUUCCGAGUUUAGCGUCAAGACGCCCAUCCUGUCGUGCACGGUGGUACCUGAGGCCUUUGUGGACGAGUCCACGGACGCUGAGGCCUUCCACCUCUUUACCAUUCAAAGCGAUGCCGUACAGCAGUACACGCUGGUUCCGGAGCAGUGCUUCCCAAGGGCAGCGGCGGCUCCGCUGCCGCUGCUGCCGGCGGCGGCGGCGGUCUCACCCGGCGGCGGUGCCGCUGGUGUACCGCUGGGAUCCUCCUCCGUCCCGGUUGGCGCUGCAGGCGCAGCGCCGGGCAGCCACCACCACCACCACCAGCACCCACACUUGGUCGGGGGCGCCACAGGUUCGGACGCAGCGGCGGCGGCGGCAGGCAGCCGUACCACAGGCAUCCGGGAUCCGUUGGCGGCGCUUCUAGCCUUCCAGCAACAGCACCUGCAGCAGCAACAGCAGCAGCAGCAGCCACCGGCAUCGACGUCACUGCCGCAGCCGUCUGCCGUGCUGCUUACCGCCCCAUCGGAUGAGUCGGACGCGACCAGCCCGCUCAGGUUCCUGCAGCCGCCUGCUGCCGCUGCGGCCCCUGCUGCAGCCGCUGCACCCGCUGCAGCGGCGCCUGCUGCCCAGGACAUGGAGGAGCAGGCGGCAGCCAGCGAGGCGGGCUCGGCAGCUGCUGCGCCCGCUGCCGACGUAGAGGCGGAGGCGCUGCCGGUUGAGCCCACCGCAGCUGCGGAGCUGGAGGAGAGCCGCGAGCGGGAGGAGACGCUCGCGCAUGCGGCUGAGGCGGAGGUGGAGGCCGAGGUGGCGGAGACGCUAGGGGAGGCUGUGGAUGCACAAGCACAAGCGCAGCAGGAAACGGAAGAGGCAACCGCCGAGGUUGAGACGGAGGCGGUACAAGAGGUGCCAGCGACGCUGCCGCCGCCGCCGCCGGCUGCGCUGCUGUUGACGCCAAGUCAGCUCAUGCAGUCUGCCGCCGCCGCGGCGGCGGCGGCGGCCCGGUCGGCGGCGCAAGCGGCGGGAGCUGCGGGCCCUAGCGUCGCCUCCGCCACCACAGCGGCACAUUCUGCUCCCGCGGUUGCCGCAGUCGCCGACACCGGCAACGCCGGCGCUGAGGAUGCGUUUAGCAUUGUGGCGACGGCUGGGGAAGACGUGGAUAUGUCGUCGCUGGGAGGCAGCAGCCUGACGCAGUCCCUGCUUUUCCCCGACAGCGUUUCCCCGACAGCCUCCGAGUUGAACGUACCGGCGGCGGCGGUGUCGGCAGCGGAAGCGGCGGUGGCGGCGGCGACGGAGGAGAGAGCGGCAGCGGAGGCAGCUGCGGCCGACAGUGCAAAGCUGGCGGCUGCUGCGGCGGUGGCGGCGCUGCUGCCGGCGCAGUCCUCUCCUGCAAGUAUGCCGCCUCAGCCUUCCGCUCAGCUGGUACGGCGGAUAUCCCAGGUGCAGGGCAAGCUUCCCAGCGGUGCACCUUCACCCGAUGCCCGUCGCCCCCAAUCCGCUCCCUCGCCGCUAUCCGCGCCAUCCGCCGCGACCGGAGGUCCGUCUCCCCAGGGUACCGCUGUCGCCGCUGCUGACGCUACUACCACCACCGAAGCCGCCGGCCAGCCGCAAGUGGUAGCGGAGUCAUCCGCCACUACCUUGGCAGAUGCCGUACCUUCGGCGCCGCCGCUGUCGGCGCUACUGCCGCCGUUGGCGCCGGCCGCCGUUGUGGACUUGCAGACGCAGCAGCAGCUGACGCAGCUGCUGGCUGUGCAGCAACAGAUGCUGGAACAGCUCUCCUCGGGUCAACGCGAGCUGCUCAAGACGGUCAAGGCGGAGGCGCUGCGCAACACCAAGGCGGCAGCGGACGCGGCGGCGGCACGUGCGGCGGAGGCGGUGGCGCGGCGGGCUGCGGAGGAGCGCCGCAAGGAGGCGGCGGACAUGCAGAGGACACUCACAGCGGCCAUCGCCGAAGCCUCCAAGGACAUUUCCCAGCGCGUGGCCGACGCCGCCGCCGCCACCACCGCCGCCGUCAAGGCCGCCAUAGGGCCCGCCGUCUCCGCCGCCAUCGCAGAAGCCCUGCCCGCCGCCCUCUCCGCCGGCGCCACCGCCGCCGCACUGGAACGAGCACUGGGCGCUCAGCUGUCGGCGUCGCUGCCGCGAGCUGUGGCGGACGGGUUGGGAGCGGCCUUCACCUCCCAGGUCGUGCCGCCACUGGAGCGAGCUACCUCCGUGAUGUUCGGGCAGGUGGAGGCGGCUCUGCGGGCCGGUCUGGACACCCACCUCGCGCCCUUGGAGCCACUAUCCGGCCUCGGGUCCCAACUGCGCGACUCGGCUUCCCAGCUGGCGGCAGCGGCCAAGUCACUCAAAAGCGAG